AUGUCUUCUCUCGAAAGUGAGCAGUUUUCCAGUCUUGAUGGAUUCCAUACCAUGGCUGCAUAUGUCCAUCAGCUUGCUCUUGAUCAUGGGUAUCAGCAUGCAUCAUGUCAAAAUGUAAUAUCUGAUUUCAUUAACCAGAGAACACAUUUUUUUGAUGCUGUUGCUGGUAGGAGAGAAAGAUUCUAUGCAUAUGUUCGUGAUUGGAUAUUCAACAUCAAUCCCAGCAAUGGAAAUUCCAAUAUCUCCACUGCUUCAGCACAGCAAAUGAUUCCCCAACAACAACAAUUUGGAUACAGCAACUCAAUGAUGCAUGUUCCGAAUCAAUCCACUGCUGCUUUCCACCCCAACAGCAAUAUGUAUUACCACCAAAAUAUCAACCCAUUUGGAAGCUACCCGCCCAACUUGCCACAGCAACAACAACAAUUUAUGCCACCAUUUGGGCUGCCACAGCAAGCCAUGUAUUAUCAGCCACCAUUUAUAUUCAAUAAUCCACAACAGAGUGUUCCAUUGUAUCCCCCUCAUCAGCAAGCCAUGCAUGGCAACAUUCACAUACCUGGGUCCUCCGUAGGUUUGAUGGGUGGUAGCAAUGUCUUCAAUCAUUCUUUGCAACAACCACAACAGGCAAUGCAAUGGCAAUCUGGUGCACACCAACAGCCGAUUCCACAGCGACAGCCUCAGGCAUCACAAACACAGCAACAGCAUGUACAACAGGCAAUGCAAUGGCAACCUGGUGCACACCAACAACUGAUUCCACCACAGCGACAGCCUCAGGCAUCACAAGCACAGCAACAGCAUGCACAGGAGCAGCAACAGCAGCCACAGCAGCAGCAACAGCAGCCACAGCCCCUGCCGCAGCGGCAACAACAACAGCAACAUCUGCAUCAGCCACAGCAGCAGCAGCCACACCCGCCGCCUCAGCAGCAGCAGCCACCACCAAAUCAACAAGAGAGAUACUCACAAGGACAGCAACAACAGUCAGAGCAAUCACAGCAGCAGCAGCAGCAGCAGCAGCAGCAGCAGCAAGAACCACAACAGGCUCAUGUGCUACCAGAGUCACAACAACAGCAGCAGCAGCAGCAGCAGCAGCAGCAGCAAAGUAACGGUGAACAGGUUCCCACAGCACGCAAUAGUAUGCAAAGCAAUUCAAGAACAAACUUUGCCAACAACAAUACUGCAUCUAGAGGGGAUAGUCAUCAAUUCUCCACAUCGAUGCCAUCUGCUAAUCGUCAUACCAGAAGUGAUCAAUCGUCAUCAAAUAGCUUCCCAGUCGAAGAAGUGCGUGGCCAACAGAAUUCUUCUGUGUCUGUGAUGACAAAUAACAGUGCAAACAUCAGCCGAACUACACCAUACAAUGAAGAGAUUACCUUCUAUUGCAUCAAUCAUCAAUCAGACUUCAAGCAAGCUCUGAAUUCAUUCAACAAGAGAUGGACAUGUCCUCACGGUGGAGUGCUAACAUUCCACAAGAGUGCCAAAGCCAGGUAUGUCGGUGGAAGCAGUGGCACUAAUGAAAAGAAAGGAAAAGUUGCCUUUUGUUCCUGUAACAAUCAAGGAGCUUGUUCCAUUCGUCUGCGCAUUGUUCUCCCUAAGUGCAUCAUCGCUGAGAAGAUUUUUGAGAGAGCUAUGAUGUCUUGCCAUACAGCUCUGAUACCCAUUUCGAAUCCCAACAUUUGGGUCACAGUCUUUGAGUCACGAUGUUCUGCUGAAACUGGACGGCUUGGUUCCGAGGCUGAAGAUAUUGAGUGGAUUGGCAUCCCUCUCAAUGAGAUCAUUGAUUACAACUAUCAAUACCAUGGCUACACCCUCUCAACAAUGCAGAAUCAUAAUGAACCGCCACCACCACCACCACCACCACCACCACCACCACCACCCCCCGGCCCACCACAAGCUCCACCAUCUCCACCACCACCACCUGGAGGAGUCACGACCACCUACACCACCUGUCCAAUGGAGGUAGAUCCAGUUCACCCAGAAGAUGGGACUGGGGAGAGCCAAGUGUUAUUAUCUGGAGCAUUAUCUCUCCCAUUGGCCACAUUGGUCGAGGGCGAGACUGGGGACCGUCUACCUGCUGGUGCAUCCAUUGCUGAGGACGAUGAUAUGUCUGAUGUUAUCAGUGAAGCUACAUCCACUACAGCAUUGAAUACAGCUGAGGAAAAUGUGUUGGUGAUUGAUCCUCUACCCAAUGUCCCUGGUCCAUGGAGCUAUCUUGACCCAGACACAUUGGCCUGCAUGGAUAACAUAAUCCAAAAAACAAUGAGCCCAGAUUCUACCAUCAAUCUUGACACAAGAAAGCUCUACAACUACUGCCGAGAGAUGUGUAAGGAGGGGAAUCCAUCAUGUGGAAAUAUUGUCCCCAGCAGAAGGAAACUAAGACGGGAUGUCAAGCAAGUGGCAUGGAAGAAUGACCCUUCCAAACAUCUGACAGCUGCGGAUAUUCUUUGUUUCCUUCCACCCCAACAUGAUCGAAUCAUGUCCAAUGCUGCUUUCGAGCAACUCUUAUCAAUUUAUGCAGUGGAGUCCAUUCACCGUCAUCAAAGUUGCCGAAGGCCAAGUGUCUACUUCCUCAAUCCUUCAUUGUUUUCACGUCAUAUUGUCCAAGGUUAUUGUCCUGGAAGGGAGCAAGAAUGGAUUAUCCAUCUUUCAAGGGGGAAAAGGUUGAUGAAAAAGUUUCUAAUGAACUGGUCACUCAUUGGAAAGGACGAAUUACAACAGAACACCCCUCUAACCAGCAGUGGAGGAAAUGUCAAUCCAUUUGAUCGAAACCAGUUCCAUUUCCUGCUGGUACCAGACCCAAAAGGACUUAUGUAUGCAGUCAACCUGCACGACAAGAUCAUCAUCCAUAUUUACGACAGAAGCUUGUCUGCUGGCACUGUCCAAGAUCAAAAGUUCUUCUGUUUUAUUCUCAAUCAUUAUUUGACUAUGACAGAGUCAGGCGUCAUUGGUGGUGAAGGAUUAUAUACUUCCCAUGGAGCAGAUAUGAAGCUACCGACUGAGAUAGUCACCUCUAUUCAGCAGAAUACAACAAACAUCUGCAGGUGCCUGUCCUUGUGCAUUUCAUAUUGUUUCAUUCAAUUCGGUACGGAACCAAUAGGUCUGGUCCAGCUGCAAUCAAGAAUCAGAGAGUGUCUGCUAAGUGCGAUCAACAACUACACUUCUGUCCAAAAGUAUCUGCUUGCUGCUCUUGUCCAUAAUCACCCAUUUCCCUCAAGUGUUUCGAGAACUCCACAACCAAAUUCCCAAGUCAAUGAGAGUAUCUUCAAUACUGAAGCAUUUGGAGUCGCCCAUCGGAACAUGGAUGAAUAUUUUCAGGAGUUGGACAUGGAGACUUGCUGUGUGUGUUUGGAAAACAAAUCCAACGUCAAGAGCGACCAUCCCAAUUGCAACCACAGAAUGUGCGAAGAAUGUACCCGAAAACUGUUGGUGACGUAUCACUUUGCCGAUCAAUUGAGAUACUUGGGAAACCACGGGGGGCCAAUCAGCCAAAGGAGCAUUUCUGGGGAUUCCAUGUUCUACGGGAUGCCCGUGGCACUGAAAUAUUUAGCAAUCCUAUCACUGAGAAGAGCCUAUGGAUGUCCCUUUGUGAUCACUUUGGCUAUCUGGAUACAAGACCAGUUGCCCGGAAUGCUUAUCGAAAUCAAGGUUUUGCACUGA